CCGGAAGUGUUGUACGGGGUCAGAGACAAGGAUCUGGGAUUAGCAACAUCUGACAUCGUCUACGGGGCGGGACUAAGGGAGCCUAGACUGGCAGCAACUCAGGGAUCUACGAUAUCUGAGCUUCAGAAGCAGAUACGGCAUGGGUUUGUUUUCGAGAGGUAAUGAUGGAGGCCACUGGUACAGAUGAAGUGGAAAAACUGAAGUCUAAGUUUUUAUCUGCCUGGCAUAAUGUGAAAUACAGUUGGGUUCUCAAAACGAAAACAUUUUUUAAAAGAAAUUCACCUGUGUUUUUGCUUGGUAAAUGCUAUCACUUUAAAUAUGAGGAAUCAAGUGAAUCAUCCCCAGAAGGCUCAGAUUCUGGCUCUGUUGAUGAUGAUUUUGGGAAUGUUGAGGAAUUUCGAAAAGACUUAAUUUCCAAAAUAUGGCUGACGUACAGAGAGGAGUUCCCACAAAUAGAUGGAUCUUCUUGGACAACUGAUUGCGGAUGGGGCUGCACCUUGCGGACUGGUCAAAUGCUGCUGGCUCAGGGGUUAUUACUGCAUUUCCUUGGAAGAGACUGGACAUGGGCUUUUGAUAAUCCUGUUGCAGACUCUUUUACUACAGAUGCUGCUAAAAUAGUUGGACCCUCUUUCAUAGAGAAUAGCGACAGCAACCAUUCCAACAAGCCCCUUACAUGUCAAAAUAGCGGUGUAAAAUCAGAUGCUGAACGUUGGCACAGGAAAAUAAUCUCGUGGUUUGCGGACUGUCCUCAAGCUUAUUUUGGAUUACAUCAGCUGGUGAAACUUGGUAAAAAUGCUGGCAAAGUAGCUGGAGAUUGGUAUGGCCCUGCUGUUGUCUCUCACCUUUUAAGGAAAGCAAUUGAUGAAGCUUCAGACCCGGAACUACAAGGCCUUACUAUUUAUGUUGCUCAGGACUGCACAAUUUAUAAUGCAGAUGUCUAUGACAAGCAAUGUAGUUCUGAUGCAGAAAAAGCGGUUCUUCUAUUCAUUCCCGUAAGGCUUGGUGGAGAAAGAACAAACGUAGACUACUGGGAGAUUGUGAAGGGUUGCUUAAGUCUUGACUAUUGUGUUGGAAUAAUUGGCGGCAAACCGAAACAAUCCUAUUACUUUGUGGGAUUUCAAGAUGACAGUUUGAUUUACAUGGAUCCUCAUUAUUGCCAAUGUUUUGUCGAUGUCAGCAUAAAGGAUUUCCCUCUUGAGUCAUUCCAUUGUCCAUCCCCCAAAAAAAUGUCUUUCAAAAAAAUGGAUCCUAGUUGCACUUUUGGAUUUUAUUGUCGGACUCCCAAAGAGUUUGAAAAAGCAGCGGAAGAGCUAACAAAGGUGCUGAAAUCGUCAAAAAAGCACAAUUAUCCUUUAUUUACCUUUGUAAAUGGACAUGCUCAAGACUUUGAUUUUGUCUCCACUCCAGUCUACGAACAAAAUGACCUUUUCACAGAGGAUGAAACUAAAAGAUUAAAACGAUUUAGCACAGAAGAGUUUGUCUUGCUGUAAAUACGUUUUUUGGAAACAGAUUGCAGGCAAUUCUCCACGGCACAUUUUUUUAUCUGUUCAGAAUAACACAAAAACACUAGACCUUUUUUAUGUAUAUAUUUUUAAAUUAUAUUAAGAUUUUUAAUGCUCAUACUUUUUUUUUUUUUUUAAAGCGGUUUAAUUGGUAAAAUUGUCACACCAUGUGACGCUGUAAGAGUGAGCCCUUUUUACAUUAGUUUUAUGCAUGUACAUAUGUGUGGAAGCUAACGUGUGCAGUAUCAGACGGUGCAGGAG